UUUGGAUCAAGCCCGUGUGGUUUCCCAAAAGGUCUCACGCCAUUAAGAAAUGCUGCACUUCAUAUGUAGCUUUCAAUCCUUUCAGCUAUUAAUAUAAGACUUUUGUUCGCGCGGUGUGCAAUUAAUAAUUUGUGUCUAAGUUUAGGGGUCCCCUACCUACCAAGUUUUGGAGAAAGAGGUAAAUCCUCAGUUCACAUAUAGGGAAAUAAGAAUAUUCUAUCUAGAGAAGAAGCCACUAUGUAUGUUGAACAUUAUAAAUAGUACUACUACAAUACUGCUAGCUCUCACUCUCUACAACACACACAACAUUACAAAUCCAAAGGGUCAUCAAAAACCUCUUUCCCUCUUCAUAAUAUUCUCUCCCUCAACAAAAUUGAAAAAGAGUAGCAAAAAAUAUAUAUAUAUAUAUAUAUUAGAAAUAUUGAGUAGAUGGGUGUCAAAAUUAGGGAGUUUAACGUGAACGUGAUCAAAACUGAUCACGUGGUAGCAGCAAUGCUACCAAUGCAAGAGCAUUGUCGUCGUCUACCACAGUCCAAUCUUGAUUUGCUUUUGCCUCCUAUAGAUGUUGGAGUUUUCUUUUGUUAUCAAAAUCCCAAUACCUCUGGGAUAUUGCCAACAUUUUGGUCAUUUAGUUCAAUGGUCAAAGUUCUUAAGGUGUCUUUGGCUGAGACUUUGGUUGCCUACUAUCCAUUUGCAGGGGAGUUAGUUCAGAAUCUUGCUGGAGAGCCAGAAAUUCUUUGUAACAAUGCUGGAGUAGAUUUCAUAGAAGCUUGGGCUGAUGUAGAGCUUAAAGAGAUCAACUUUUAUAAUCCGGAUGAAAGCAUAGAAGGCAAGCUUGUACCAAAGAAGAAGCACGGUGUACUAGCUGUUCAGGUUAUAGAACUCAAAUGUGGAGGAGUAGUGGUGGCUUGUACAUUUGAUCAUAGAGUGGCUGAUGCUUACUCAGCCAACAUGUUUCUUGCAUCAUGGGCUGAGUUAGCUCAGUCCAAACCACUCUCUCAGCCACCAUCUUUCCAACGAUCCUUUCUUUUUCCACGGCGUCCAUCUUACUACGAUCCCUUAAUUGAUAGCAUGUACUUACCAAUCUCAGCUCUAAAACAAGAAACCACAAUUAUUGAUCAUGAUGAUCAUGUUAUAAGUCGAAUUUACUAUGUUAAGGCUGAAGAAAUCAAGUGCCUCCAAUCACUAGCCAAUUGUAAUAACACAAAAUUUACUAAACUCGAAACAUUCAGUGCUUUCCUAUGGAAAACUAUAGCCAAUGGGAUGGAAAAAAGUCAAAGAAACAAUCACAAGAACUUCAAGUUAGGAAUUGUUGUUAAUGGUAGAAGUAGAUUGAGUAGUGGAGAUGAGGACAAAGUUAAGUUGCUAAAAGGGUAUUUUGGGAACGUCAUUUCCAUCCCAUUUGGAGAAAAAAAAGUUAAGGAACUAAAAGAGAAAUCCUUAAGUUGGGUGGCAAGUGUAGCUCAUGAGUUUCUCGAGAAUGCAGUAACUAAGGAACAUUUUCUUGGGUUGGUGGAUUGGGUUGAGAAGCAUCGUCCAGAACCAGCUCUAGCAAGAAUUUACGCCACGAAUGAAGACUCGCCUGCGGUGGUUGUGUCAUCGCGGUUUCCAGUGAGGGAAAUUGAGUUUGGAUGGGGAGAGGCAGUGUUUGGUUCGUACCAUUUUCCAUGGGAUGGAAAAUCAGGAUAUGUGAUGCCAAUGCCGAGUCCUAAAGGAAAUGGAGAUUGGAUUGUUUACAUGCAUAUGUUGAAAGGGCAAGUCGAUUUGGUUGAGGCUGAUGCCUCCAAUGUGUUCAAGCCCCUGACUGCAGAAUAUCUCAAUUUGAAGUGACUAUUGGUUGUGUAUAUUACAUAUACUCAGCGAAGAAGAGCUUUAGAGUAAUAAAAAAGUUGUCUCCAAGUGACUUCAUAGGUCACGAGUUAAGCUGUGAAAACAGCCCCCAAUGCUUACAUUAGGGUAGAGUUCGAGCUAUAGUAUGCUUUCUGCAUCGUCCGGUCUUUAUUUUUUUUCUAAAAGAAAUCUCAUAUAUUCUGAGAUUGUUUGAGUGUGUUUGUGUGAUGGACGAAAUAUAUUUACACACUCCUUUUUCAUUUUA